GCCAUGGAACAUUGCCUUAAAAUCACUUGAAACUAUUCGAAGAAUGCCUUGUAUUUACCCAAUUGAACUACCCGACUCGUCAUCGUUCGUGGACAACCUGAACAGGUCGGGCUGUGUUACAUUCAGAUCGAGAACAUCGCCCAAGACAAUCAGCAUGGUGUACGUGAGCUGGUCCUUCAACCCGUACACAUCUGAGCAUGGCUACUUCCAAGACCACGACGACCAGUACCACUUCCAUUGUAUAGCUGCCAUCACUUACAUCAGCAGUUUCAAAACUGUCAUGACCGUCUCGCAAGGAAACGAACAAGAGGUUUUGUGCUGGAUGAUAGUCAAUGCAGAAACUGUCGUUGUUGUCAAUACUUCUUCGUGUAACACCCAAACGGCCCUGGGCAUUUUACAAGGGAAGCCGAAAUUUCUGCUGCACCUGAAGUUUCUACUUUACCUCAACGCAGCGGACAAGGAUGUCGAUGUUGUCUGCAGGCAAAUUUCGAAGAACAAUGAAAAGAAGUGGUUGGCACAGAUUAAACACAAUAUAGAGCGGUCUGACUAUGUUAAGAAUAGAAUCACAUUGCUGUUUUGCCCAUGUGAGUUCCUCUUCCGAUUUUGA